AUGCCGCGGGGUGCUGCUGUUGCAGCUGCUGGUGUUGCUGCUGCUGCUGCUGUUGCUGCUGCUGGUGCUGCUCCUGGUGCUGCUCCUGUUGCUGGUUAUGCUGCUCUCGAUUUCCCUGAGACGAGGGAGAAGGAGUCUCCUACUCUUAUCCCCCAGACCCCUACAGCUGAGGAGAGCCUUCCUAGUGUUGCUGCUACUAGGGGCCCCAGCCUUCGGGGCUGGGUGGCCCCCGGCAGCAGCAGCAGGGGAGCCCCUCCUCGGCGCUCUGUAUCCCUGCCGCUUCUUGUUGCGCUACCUUUGGUUGCGGUGCUGCUGCUGCUUGCUGCGUGCAAGGCCCCAUCCCUAGGGUAUAACCAGGUGAAGGGGGGGCUGCUCCGCAGGCUUGCUGCCAACGGAGACAAUGAAGGAAACCGACGAAGCAGCAGCACCAGCAGCACCAGCAGCGGGGGCGCUGCAGAUUUGACAGCAGAAUGCAUUGCCCUUCAAGCCCAGCUGGGUAUUGCACCCCCACGGGAGCAGCAGCAGAAUCAGCAGCGGCAGCAACUCCUGCGGCCGCACCAGCAGCCGCAACUGGUGCAGCAGCAGGUGCAGCAGCGUGAGGAAGGCAACCCUCAGAGACAGGUUCAAGCACUCGCGAUGAUGCUGAGCACGGAGGCUGCUGCCUUUGAACGGGGACACCCACCGCGUCUCCAGGAGGCCGUCCCUCCUCUUGCUGUUUUGCCUGCUGCUCCUAUUCCCCUUCAGCAAAGCAGCCGCAAGCAACAGCAGCAGCAGCAGCAGCAGCAGCAGCAAACGCAGCGUCAAGGCCAACCCCAGCAACCCAGUACAACGCAGGCAUGGGAUGAGGCGAAUAUUUACGAAGGGCUCCAGCGUCGAUUGUAUGAAAUGCAGCGGCAACAGCAGCAGCAGCAGCAACAGCAGCAGCAGCAGCAGCAGCAACAGCAGCAGCAGCAACAGCAGCAGCAGCAGCAGCAGCGGCAGCAGCCGUCUCUCAUACGGACGCAGCAGUGGCAGAGCCUGGCAGCGCAUCAGCAGGAGGAGGAGCAGCAGCCACUCACAAGGAUACGGCAGCGGCAGAGCCUGGGAGCGCAGCAGCAGCAGCAGCAGCAGCAGCAGCAGCCACAUUUGAUGGCUCAGCCACUACCGCCGUUCACGACUCAGCAGCAGCAGCACUUGACGCCGCAGGAGCAGCUGAAGCUGGGGAUACAACAGCAGCAGCAAAGCCCCAGUGGGGUGCAGCAGCAACCGAAGUUGAAGGAUCAGCAUGACUAUCUGAAAGUGCAGAGCCAGCUGCAAAUGGGAGCUCAGCAGCAGCAGCAGCUGCUCCUUGGAGAUCAGCAGCAGCUCCCGUGGGGGUCGCAGCAGCAACAGCCCAACGUGGAGGAGCAGCAGCUCCAGCAGCAGCUGCUGAAGCAGCAGCAGCUCCAGCAGCAGCAGCUCCAGCAGCAGCAGCUCCAGCAGCAGCAGCUCCAGCAGCAGCAGCUCCAGCUGCAGCAGCUCCAGCAACAGCAGCUCCAGCAGCAGCAGCUGGGAAUGCAAUUAAUGGCCCAGGAGCAGCAGCAGUCAGGGAGGCUGCAGCAGCAGCAGCACGUCGGUAUGCAGACGCAACUGCAUUCGGGGGCUGCGCAGCUGCGGCACCAGCAGCAGCAGCAAUCGGCUGCUGAUCUGGAGCAACAUGACCUGGUGAGCCGGUUGCAGCAUCCCAACGUGAGCGAGCAUCAGCAGCAGCUGCAGCAGCAACGGGAACAGCCGCUGGAACAGCAGCAGCAGCUGGAGCAGCAGCUGGGGCUGCAGCAGCAGCAGCAGCUGGAGCAGCAGCUGGGGCUGCAGCUGCAGCAGCAGCUGGAGGCCCAGCUGGGGCAGCAGCUGCAGCAGCAGCUGGAGGCCCAGCUGGGGCAGCAGCUGCAGCAGCAGCUGGAGCAGCAGCUGGGGCAGCAGCUGCAGCAGCAGCUGGAGCAGCUGCUACAGCAGCACCUGCAGCAGCCGUUGGAGCAGCUGGUGCAGCAGCAGUUGCAGGCGCAGCUUCAGCAGCAGUUGCAGGAGCAGCUGCGGCAUCAGUUGCAGGGCCAGCUGCGGCACCAGUUGCAGAGGCAGCUGCAGCUGCAGCUACAGCAACAGCUGCAACUGCAGCUACAGCAGCAGCUGCAGGAACCGCUGCAGCGGCAGGUGCAGGAGCAGGUGCAGCGGCAGGUGCAGCUGCAGGUGCAGCAGCGGCUGCAGCAACGGCCGGACCGACAGUUGCACCAGCACGUGCAGCACCGGCUGCAGCAGCAGUUGCAGCAGCGCCAUCAGCAGCGGCUGCAGCAGCAGCAGCAGCAGCAGCAGCAGCUAGGAACGCAGUUAAUAGCCGAGCAGCAACAGCAGCCAGCGGCGCAGCAAGAGCAGCUACACCAGCAGUGGCAGCAGCAGCUACCUUGUGGGGCGCAGCAGCAGCCGACCACCGAGGUGGAGCGGCAGCAGCGGGCGCAGCUGCAGCAGCAAGGACUGCUGCCCCUGUCGCAACAGCAGUUGAUUUCCCCGCAACAGCCGCAAUGGAGCCCGCAGCAGCAGCUGCAGCUGGUGACGCAGCAGCAGCAGCCCCCACCCGAUGGGGCGCAGCAGCAGCCGAACCUGGAGGCGCAGCAGCAGCAGCACCACCCCCACCGUCAGGGGAUGCAGCAGAAGCUGCAGCUGGGGGCUCAGCAGCAACAGCAAUGGGCUGCUGUUCAGCAGCAGCAGCAGCUGGAAGAACAGCAGCAGCGCCUCUAUGCAAACCAGCAUAAACCCCCCUGUGGGGUGGAGCUGCAGCAACAACAUCUGGGGGUGCAAUCAAUGGCCCAGCAGCAGCAGCUUCUGGGGACAGAAUCAAUGGCCUUACAGCAGCAGCAGCAGCAGCAAGUAAGGGCGCAGCAGCAACAGCUGCAGCUGGGGAUGCAGCAGCAGGAGCCCUGCAGUAGUGGGCGCCAGCAGACGGCCCUCGAGGCGCAGCAGCAGCAGCGACAGCAGCAAAUAGUCGCGCAGCAGCAGCAACAACAGCAGCAACGAGCGGCGCAGCAGCAGCAGCAACAGCAAGAACGAGCGGCGCAGCAGCAGCAACAACAGCAGCAACUAAGGGCGCAGCAUCAGGCAGAGUUGGCGGCUCAGCAGCGACUGCAACUGGUGCCGCAGCAGCAACAGCAACAGCACCUGGGGCCUCAUCAGCGGCCACAUCUGCAGCAGCUGUACCAGCUGGGGAUGCAGCAGCAUUCCAUCAUUUGGGCGCAGCAGCAGCCGCCGACUCCGGGGGCACAGCAGCAGCUGGUGCCUCAGCAGCAGCAGCAGCAGCAGCAGCAACUAGUGGCGCAGAAGCAGCAGCAACUAGUGGCGCAGAAGCAGCAGCAACUAGUGGCGCAGCAGCAGGAACAACAACACCAGCAGCAACGAGGGGCGCAGCAGCAGCAGCAGCUAGUGCCUCAGCAGCAGCAACAGCAGCAGCAACUAGUCGCGCAGCAGCAGCAACAACAGCAGCAACUGAGGGCGCAGCAUCAGGCAGAGUUGACGGCUCAGCAGCAGCGGCAACUGGUACCGCAGCAGCAACAGCAACAGCCUCAGCAGCGGGCACAUUUGCAGCAGCUGCAGCUGGGAAUGCAGCAGCAGUCCCCCAUUUUGGCGCAGCAGCAGCCGCCGACCCCGGAGGCGCAGCAACAGCAGCAGCAGCAACUGCAGAAACAGCAGCAACUACUGGAGCAGCAGCAGCAACUAGUGGCGCAGAAGCAGCAGCAACUAGUGGCGCAGCAGCAGCAGCAGCAACUAGUGGCGCAGCAGCAGCAGCAAAAGCAGCAACAACAGCAACAGCAGCAGCAACUAGUGGCGCAGCAGCAGCAGCAAAAGCAGCAACAACAGCAACGGCAGCAGCAGCAGCAACGAGGGGCGGAGCAGCAGCAGCGACUAGUGGCGCAGCAACAGCAGCAGCAACAGCAGCAACUGAGGGCGCAGCAGCAGGCAGAGUUGACGGCUCAGCAGCAGCGGCAACUGGUGCCGCAGCAGCAGUUGUUGCCUCAGCAGCGGGCACAUCUGCAGCAGCUGCAGCUAGGAAUGCAGCAGAAGUCCCCCAUGUUGGCGCAGCAGCAGCCGCCGACCCCGGAGGCGACCCCGGAGGCGACCCCGGAGGCGACCCCGGAGGUGCAGCAGCAGCAGCAACAGCAGCAACAGCAACAGCGAGUGGCGCAGCAGCAGCAGCAACUAGUGGCGCAAAAGCAGCAGCAACAGGAACAACGAGGGGAGCAGCAGCAGGCAGAGUUGACGGCUCAGCAGCAGCCACAACUGGAGCCGCCGCAGCAAAAGCAGCAACGAGGGGUGCAGCAGCAGGCUGAGUCGACGGGUCAGGAGCAGCCGCAGCUGGCGCGGCAGCAGCAACGGCAACAGCAAUUGGUGCGUCAGCGGCAGCCACAUCCGCAUCAGUUGCAGCAGCUAGGGCUGCAGCAGCAGCCCCGCAUUUGGGCGCAGCAGCCGCCGCGGACUCCGGAGGAGCAGCUGCAGCAGCAACAGCAGCUGGAGUGGGAGCAGGUAUCGCAGUGUACGCUGCUGCGCAUGCACUGGCAGCGUCUCUUUCAUGCACAUUACCGUCUGCUGCAGCAAACGGAGGCACAUAAGAAGCUUGUUAAGGAGACACAGAUAAGAUUAGAUCUGCAUAGACGUGUUGCGGAUAUCGAAGAAAAGGAGCAAGAGCGGCUCCAGCAGACGCUGCAGCAAGAGACACUCCGCGCGCUGCAGGAAGGCCUCCAGCGCAGGAUGCAAGACUGUCGCCAGACUGAAGAGCAGCAACAGAAGGAGCCGGCGACGCAAGAAGAGGAGCAGCAACAGGAGCAGCCGCAGCAGCAGCAGGAGGAGCAGCAGCAACAGCAGCAGCAGCAACAACAAGAACAACAGGAGCAGCAGCAAUCGCAGCAACAGCAGCUGCAGCAGCAAGAGCAGUUACAGCUGCAGCAACAGGAACUGCAACAGCAACAGCAGGUGCAGCAGGAGAAGCCGCAGCAGCAGAAGUCGCAGCAGCAGGAGAAGCAGCAGCAACAUAAGCAGCAGCGACAGCAGCAGCAGGAUCAGUUACCCUUUUUAGUGCCUCUCGGGGACAGUCCUACGCCGGUGAGCGUAGGAGACUCCGAAGUGCAUGCGUCUGAUGCCUCCUGGUCUGAAGGGGCCGCCUCCCCACGAGCAGAAGAGCAUGCAGCCCCAUUGCGUGAGCAGCAUUAUUCUCAAGGUAAGCCUCUGGUGUCUCCUCACUUGGCGAAGGACGCCCGUGAAGCUGCAGCAGCAGCAGGAGAAGGAGCAGCAGCAACAACAGGAGCAACAGCAACGACCUGGGUGCUUCCUAAAGGUGCAGCGCCUCCUAGAGGCUCAAGUUGGGCAGGUGGGGUGUCUGUACAGCGCAAGAGAGCGAGACGAGAUUCUUCUACUGAUGAGGAGACACAUGCUGCUGAUGCGGCUUUGCUGCCUGAAGCGUGGAUGGGGGCCAGUAAGGAGACAGAAGAAGGAGACAGCAGCUGGGAGAGGGUGCGCAACGACACACGCCAGGGGGGAUCCUCUGCUGCGUAUGCAAGCAGCAGCAGCAGCAGCAACAACAACGACGGAAGCACCAGCAGCAAGGGUCUCACGAGUACGUGGGAAUAUGAAGACGACGCGGAGAUGGAGACAGAUGAAGUAGAGGUUGUAGAAGGGAGCAGCAGCAGCAUCAGCAACAGCAAUAGCAGCACCUACGUAACUGACAGCAGAGUUGCAAGUAUAUUGAGCAUGACUCUGCCUAAUGUAAGUGAAGGCAGCAGCAGCAGCAAAACCAGUAUCAGCAAAGCUGUUCUCUUGAGUCAUCCUUAUGUACAUCUUCCUGCCUUAGAGCCGGGGGUUGUUCCAAGAUGUCUGCAGCCUUCUGUUGUGUUCGGAAGUGUGAAGAGAGGCUACAACGUGCAAGCAAAUCUGCUUAUUGUUCGGGAGCUCCUUAAGAAACAAUAUCUUAAUCAAUCAGACGCUGAUAGAUUGAUGAGAAGUGUAGAGAUGCUGGCGAAUGGGGCGUUUAGACAAGCAAAGAGGUCGGCAAAACCUAGAAGAGCUAUUGCUGCUGCUUCUUUGCUGGGUGUAACUGUGCUUGUUAUGGAUAGCAUUGUUAGUAGUGUAAUUCUCUUCGGAGACUCUAUGCAGCUUCAUUUGUGGUGGAACGAAUUUGCUUCUUAUUUCUUUACAGACUAUCACUUUAGUUGUAAGACACCGAGACCAAGGGCAAGGCUAGUAUUCAGCGCUACGUUCGCUAACCGUCUCCUAAAAGCUAUUGACAUUUAUAAACAAGCAAAGAGACCAGAAGAAGAAGAAGUUAUCACUAUAAAGAGACUCUUAUUUCUGUCUCCUUUUGCCCCCACACGCUUCACAGGUAUUGAUUGGCAUCCCUGGAGAGAAGACGACGAAGAAUUUCACCGCAUGCACUUCGCUAUUGGUGGAAACAACAGUAAAUAA